CGGAGGCCGGCGGGGAGCCGUUGGGGGUCAGGGGUCAGGGGUCAGAGGUCAGAGCGGGGGACCGGGCCCGGUGCGAUGGGCGGGGAGCAGGAGGACGAGCGCUUCGACGGCAUGUUGCUGGCCAUGGCCCAGCAGCACGAGGGCGGUGUCCAAGAGCUUGUCAACACCUUCUUCAGCUUCCUGAGGCGUAAAACCGACUUCUUCGUCGGCGGAGAGGAUGGGGUGGCCGAGAAGCUGAUCACAGAGACGUUCAGCCGGCACCAGCAGCUGGCCCAGAAGGCCCGGCAGGAGCAGCGGGCCCGGCAGGAGGCCGAGCGGCGCGAGAAGGCCGACCGGGCGGCCCGGCUGGCCAAGGAAGCCCAGCCCCAGCCCUCGGGGCCCCAGAUCAAGGAACUGACGGACGAGGAGGCCGAGAGACUGCAGCUGGAGAUCGACCAGAGGAAAGGAGAAGAGAGGCGGGCGGCGGAAAAGGCCCCGGAUCAGCCCCCCAACAGCAGCGCCAGCUCCCCGGCGCCGCAGGAGGCGAAAGACGACGAGGAGGAGGAGGAGGAGGACGAGAAGGACAGAGGGAAACUAAAACCCAACGCGGGCAACGGGGCCGACCUCCCCAACUACCGCUGGACCCAGACCCUCUCAGAGCUGGAUCUGGCCGUGCCCUUCCGGGUGAACUUCCGCCUGAAAGGGAAGGACGUGGUGGUGGACGUGCAGCGGCGGCGGCUGCGGGUGGGGCUGAAGGGGCAGUGCCCGCUCAUCGACGGCGAGCUGUUCGGCGAGGUGAAGGUGGAGGAGAGUUCCUGGCUCAUCGAGGACGGCCAGGUGGUCACCGUGCACCUGGAGAAGAUCAACAAGAUGGAGUGGUGGAGCAAGCUGGUGGCCACCGAUCCCGACAUCAACACCAAGAAGAUCAACCCGGAGAACUCAAAGCUGUCGGACCUGGACAGCGAGACGCGCAGCAUGGUGGAGAAGAUGAUGUACGACCAGCGGCAGAAGUCCAUGGGGUUGCCCACCUCGGAUGAGCAGAAGAAACAGGACAUCCUGAAGAAGUUCAUGGAGCAGCACCCAGAGAUGGACUUUUCCAAGGCCAAAUUCAACUGACAUCUCUCCUCCCCCCCUCCACAUGCGUGGGCUCCGGCUCAGCCGCCGCCGCCUCCGGCCCAGCGGGGCCCCAGGUGCCCGAGCCUCUGGGAAUCAGGGCUGGGGGAGGGUUGCUUGCCCUCUGCCCGUGCCUCCGGCUGAGCGGUGGGGCGGAGCUCAGGCCCAGCCAGCUGUGGACCCUCCGGCCCUCUCGCCUGUUACCAAAUUAAACUUUUAGUCUCGUCUCA